CGUUUUGAAUUGAAAGGUACUUUUAGAAUUUUAGACGUGAGUGCUAGUUUACGACAAACGUAUAUAAGGUUAUGUUUUAAUGUACCUCAAUUUUUUUUUCCUUUUAUCGUAUUCUAUGUAUAUUUUAUAAAUAUUAUUAAAAGGAUGCCCCAUAACAAACACAUCGACGUUUUCUUCGAAGUUAAAGUCAACAAUCAUGAAGAUGACCAGUGAAAACAUCAAGAAAGAGCGGUUCGACCAGCUAGGUCUUCCACCAAUGGAGCUCGCAGAAUCAACGAUUAUCAAUCGUAACAACGAAGGAGUAUAUCGAUGUUUAUUUCCCACACUACAGAAAAUAAUGGUCAUGAUGUUACUAACAAUAUUUGGUGUUGGAACGUACAUGUUGCUGUUAAAAAUUUCUGAAAACUAUGAUAGUACCAGAAACACUGGUAUUAUAGUAAUCACAGGAAACCAAGAAACUCCAAACGUGACUGUUCACAACAUCGAAAUAUUAAUUCGAAAAUCUAAUUCGACUAUACCAGUCAAAAUUAGAAAAAAGAGACAUACAUCUUCUGGUAGUUCCCAAUCUUUUAGUAGUUCCAUAGAAAAUGAUGAAUCUGAAACCAAUUUCAAUGAUGAACAAUUACAGAAAGCUCGUGAACUGAUAUUGAAACACGACAUGUUGUGUAAUAAAGACAACAAACAAGAAAUCUGCAAGGAUCUUGUCACGAAAUUAAAAUCUAUCACAAAGGAGAAUAGGUCUCCAGCACGAGAUUCAUUCGAAGUUAAGCAAAAUGACAAAAAUGCUCUCAAUAGUGAAGAUACAGAAGAAACUGAUGUUCCGCCGACAGAUAUUUCCAAGCGCGAAGCAUCCCCAAUAACAAAUCUGGACAGUAUUUUCGAAUCAGUUAGAAGUAUACCACAUGAACCAAUAGAUAAUAGUCAUGUUCUUACACAUGUACCACAUUCACAUACCGGUAAUCCUCCACACUUCACAGAUACCUGUCUAUUGGCACGUCUCCUUAAGCAAAAUUAUCCAUAUGCAAAAGAAAUUUAUAACCCAGCAUCGGAAUAUUUCCCACACCAAGACCAUCCAUUAAUAUCUCAAAGCAGAUUCUAUUCACCGGUGGCACAUACUCCAUACCUCGAAGCUCGUGAAAUGGACGCACAACGGCGUAAGAUACACCCUCAAGAUGUGGAUAUAUUGAUGAGCUUCUUAGCAUCAAAAUCAGAUGCGGGCCUUGCUGACCCUCGAUCAAAUACGACAAGAGAAUCAGCCUGUGCUCCUGGAACUGUUCCCUGCCUGGAUGGGGAUGGUUGUGUAGAUGAGAAACAAUGGUGUGAUGGGAAUGUUGACUGCGCCGAUGUCAGUGAUGAAGCUAGAUGCUCUUGCACGUCUAGAGUUGAUAGAGCAAGAUUUUGCGAUGGCUACUACGAUUGCCCAUUUGGAGAAGAUGAAAUGGGUUGUUUCGGAUGUGCCGACAACAUGUUUAGUUGUGAAGACUUGGAAAACUCUUGCUUCACUAAGGAACAGAGAUGUAAUAACGUCGUUGACUGUCCCAACCACAAAGAUGAAGUCGAAUGCAACAUGCUGGCACCGAGCCUUCUUAAAAAACCACUGUUUUCUGUUUCGAAUACUGAAGGAUUUUUGCAUAGGAAUUUUAAGGGUGAUUGGUACGCAGUUUGUAAAAAUCCCUACAUGUGGGCUCAUGAUGCGUGCCGCCGAGAAACUGGUUUAAUCAUAAGGCCACCUUUCAUUCAAGUUGUUCCAAUAGAUCCGAUGUUGAAGAUAAACUAUUUGAAUACGGAUCCAGGCGGAUUGAUUCAAACUAGUGACACGUGUAUGAAUUCGUCAGCUGUUUAUGUAACUUGUCCAGAUCUAUUGUGUGGGACGAGAGUGCAGUCUACUACACAGUUAUUAAGAGAGAACGCCGCUAUUGAAAACCGUCUGUUCGGACGAAACAAACGAUUCCUUUUAACGAACCAUCCUUAUCCUUUGAUGUUUUACGGAAACCGCUUUAAAAGGAACGUAGACGAACCCAGCACUAAGACAAAUUUCGAAAUUAAAUUCGAUACACUGAAAAAGGAAUUUCUUGACACAAUGAGGAACAAAAGAACGGAGAGCAGGGUGGUGGGAGGCAAACCAAGUCAGCCGGCAGCCUGGCCUUGGAUGGUGGCUGUGUACAGAAACGGCAUGUUUCAUUGCGGUGGAGUCGUUAUUACUCAUAGCUGGAUAAUAUCUGCCGCUCACUGUGUACAUAAAUUUUGGGAGCACUACUACGAAGUCCAAGUGGGAAUGCUCCGUCGUUUUUCAUUUUCACCGCAAGAACAAAGUCACAAAGUGACCCACAUCAUUUUCAAUCCACACUACAGUCAAAGUGACAUGAAAAAUGAUCUUUCCCUAUUGAGAGUUGAACCUGCCAUUCAGUUCAGUCGCUGGGUUCGACCUAUAUGUUUGCCAAGUCCUGAUACCGCGGGUCAAGAUUGGCUUUGGGGACCUGCUCCAGGUACAAUGUGUACGGCUGUUGGUUGGGGAGCUACUAAGGAACACGGACCCGAUCCUGAUCAUAUGCGCGAAGUAGAAGUACCUAUUUGGGAAACCUGCAAGCAUCGAGAAGACCGAGCAGGUAAUGAAAUCUGUGCUGGUUUGAAUGAAGGAGGCAAAGAUGCAUGCCAGGGUGACAGUGGAGGACCGCUUUUAUGCAGAAAUCCUUUGAAUUCCCAACAAUGGUAUAUGGCAGGCAUCGUAAGUCAUGGAGACGGAUGCGGUCGUAAAGGCGAACCCGGUGUUUAUACUCGCGUCAGCCUCUUUGUAAAGUGGAUCAAAUAUCACAUCAUGUCCAAAUCAUUGCCGAUUGUUCAACCUGUUCAAGAAUGUCCUGGUUUUAAAUGCGAGUCAGGUAUUUCAAAAUGUUUGCCUAAUAAAAGGAAGUGUGACAGAAUAGUUGAUUGUCUUGACGGUGAAGAUGAGAAACAAUGCAAAUUUACUAGAACAGUUUCUACAAUAACCGAUAACAUCUUCUUGACUCCAAAACCUAGUUUUGACAAUGAUUUCCUAGAAAGCAAGAACGCACAAGUAGGCACAACUAUAUCGCCAAGUAUAGCUUCUGAAUUUGAAGAACUGAUAAAAUCAACCAACAUAUUAAAAGAACUCGAGACCUCUACAUCUCAACCAAAACACGAUGAUGGUACCACGCCUGCUAAUCAAAAUGAUGAUUUUAUAGAUGAAACAAAAGGAUCUGUGGAUCCAAUGGACACAAUAAAAGAUUAUGAUGAUUUUACUAAUGAAGCAACAGAAUCUGUUGAUCGAAUGGAUGAAACAAAAGAAUCUGUAGAUGCAAUUAGUAGAGCAACAGAUUCUGAUGAUCAAAUUGAUAAAACAAUAGAAUUUAUGGAUACAAUUGAUAAAACAACAGACCCAGUCGUUCAAAUUGAUGAAACUAAAGAAUCUGUGGAUACAAUACAUAAAACAUCAGAAUCUGCUGAUCCCUUUAAUGACGUAAAAGAAUCCAUAGAAAUGAUUAAGACAACAACAGAAUCAGUCUAUCCAACUAGUGAAACCCCAGAAACUAUUCAUCCUGAUGAUGACAUAAAAGGAUUCAUUGACACAAAUCAACGUGAAAGUAAACCUAGUGAAGAAUUAGGUACUGCAAAUCCAAACUUAGAGAACUCAUCAACUAUAAACAGUGUAACGUCCAUAAGUUCUGAGGCAAGUUUCGGAGGUUCUAAUGAAAAUGUUACAGAAGAUCCGAACGUUUCGCCGAUUACUGAAGUAGAAUCCGUAAAUCGUGGAGAUACAGAUAUAAUAUCCGUGGUUAUAUCUAAAGAGUCGCUAGAGUCACGGUCAGCAGUAUUAGGACACGGAACAGGUACAACAACGGAUUUUCCUACAACGUCUAAAAACAAUUUCAAAGAAAAAAGUGUUACUUCCACCAUAUUUAGUGAUGAUUUCAAGACCACAACGACUGAUUCUUCAAGUGAGACUUCCAAAGAGUCUUUAGAAAGCCAUGAAGAUACCACUCCAUUAAGUAUAAAUAAAGAUCUAAUAGUAGAUAGUCCCACAAAAAGUCUAGAAUCAGAUGACAAAGAGCUUAUUAUAGAACUACUCCCUAAAAAUUUAGACAUGGCUGACCAAAUUGGCGCAGCAUCUGAACAUACUGUUCAAGUACAAAAUAUAUCUUUGAGUAAUCCUCAUAGUGACAAAGGCCACCACGAUCUAUCGAAUGAUAAACUACGUGACUUUCAAGUUAAAAGUGAUAUGAUUAAUAAGAUCGUUCUAUCUGAACCCGAACCAGCUAAAGUAAGAAGAAAACAUCGUAUACCUAAGGAGUUUGAAUGUCGUAGAAUAUUCCAAACAAUAUCUUAUCAUCAACGAUGUGAUCGAAAAGCUGAUUGUGAAGAUGGUACCGAUGAACUUGACUGUACAUGUGUUGAUUAUUUGUCUACUUUUGAUGAGAAACUAAUUUGUGAUGGAGUUUUUGACUGUGCAGAUGGCCAAGAUGAAGCCGAUUGUUACAGCUGUGCAGAAGAUAAAUACUUGUGUCAAAAAAGCCAAAUGUGUUUGCCUAAAGAACUUGUGUGUGAUGGAAAACAAAACUGUCCUCACGGUGAGGAUGAAUUAGAUUGCUUCGCUUUAACCAAUGGAAAUGAAAUGGUAUUCAACUUAGAUGGUAGACCAGCAAUAAACUUGGAAGGUUAUCUAACGAAAAGACACUUAAAUGAUUGGCAUAUUGUAUGCGAUCCUACAUUAUCGCUAGAGCAGCAAGAUCAGGCUGCGACUCAUAUCUGCCGGUAUUUAGGUUUCAGUUCCGCCAAUAAAUAUUUAGUGAAAUACAUAAACGUCAAAGAAGAUGAACUAAUAGCGCGCAGUUUGGAUAUUAAUAACAGACGUAAGCGAGACGCCGUAGGACGAAUGCCCAUACACUUUGCUUACAGACAAGAAAUGGGCGAAGACAAUACUGCAAGACACGCUAUUAUAGACGAUCCUCAAGUUAUAAAAGAAAAAUGUGUACCAAACAUAACAAAAACUUGUAAAUCGUUAUACGUGUAUUGUGAUCACACACUUUUUACUCAUUUCGAUGAUUCCGAAAAUGCUUUUAGACGAGAUUCGCACCCAGUUAUUGAACAAGUUUGGCCAUGGAUAGCUAAAGUGUUUAUAGAGGGUGAAUAUAGAUGUACAGGAGUGUUGGUUGAUUUAUCAUGGGUUCUAGUAAGUGAGUCUUGUCUUUGGGAUGCAACUAAUCAUUUCAGGUUGUCCCAUCACUACACAACCGUUGUUCUCGGUUCACAUAGAACGUUAGACAGCGUUAAUAGUAUGCACGAGCAAGUUUAUCAAGUUGACGCUAAAAGGAACAUUUAUCGAAGCAAAGCGAGUUUAUUGCAUUUGAAACAACCAGCGAUUUACUCGAACGUCGUUAAGCCAAUGGCCGUUUCUUCAUCUUACUUUAAUACAGAUCAUAAGUCGACUUGUGUUGCUGUGGGACAAGAUGAUAAAAAUAAUACAUUAAGCGUGUUACUAGAAGAAACUAUUAGAAAUUGUCACCCCAGUAAUCGCUGUUUUGUCAGAAAAUCUGAUAGAUCGGUUUGCCCACCUGAAGUUACCACGAAUCGUCAUUGGGCUGGUGUUGUUAGCUGUCAUACGGAGCAGGGCUGGCAUCCAGCUGCAACAUUUGUCGAUGGUCGAGGGGAGUGUGACUUUGGUGAUCAAAUUAACGGCACCGAUGUGGAAUAUCUUAAAAAUGAAAUGAAAAAUGGAGAAAUAAAAGGUAUGACAUCAUUGGAUGGUGGUGAAAACUGCGAAGGUAUACGUUGCAGUCGUGGAAGAUGUAUUCCCAUAUUGCAAGUUUGUGAUGGAGUCAAACAUUGUGAGGAUGCCAAAGACGAAUCUGAGGAAGCCUGUUACAAAAAGUAUAAAAUGUGUGACCGAGAACCCUAUCAUAAAGGAUGCGAAUGUUCUGUCGGCCAAAUGAAAUGCCGUAAUGGGAAGUGUAUAUCAAAAGAAUUAUUUAAAGACGGAAACAACGACUGUGGGGAUGGCACGGACGAGCCUGGCCAAACCACUUGCUCGGAUUACCUAGCUAGAGUGAUGCCUUCGAGGCUAUGUGAUGGUGUGUUACACUGUGCUGACCGGAGCGACGAGGAUCCCGUGUACUGUAAAUGUUUUGCAAAAAAAAGUCACAGCUGCAGAACCAGGACAAAUGACGAAUAUUGUGUGUCUCCUGAUGUGGUGUGUGACGGCGUUCGUGAUUGCCCCAAUGGAGAGGACGAGCAGGCUUGCAUAGCGCUUACAAAACCUCAGGAAUUUCCACCCGGCACUGGCCAAGUAAUAGUCCGUUCGCAUGGCGUUUGGUACACAAAAUGCUACCCAACUCAGAAUCAUACAAAAUCAGAACUAGAAAAGAUAUGCUCAGAAUUAGGAUUUAUUAGUGGCCAUGCGAAACAAAUCCACGAUUUAGAUAAUUUCAUAGUUGAUCUACACAAUGAUAUAAUCAUUGAUACAUUCAGUGACGUUAGUCUUAAUAAAAAUACUACUUUGAAAAUGAGAAAUACUGAAGAACCGAUCGCGAAGGCAGUGUUCAACAGUGACUUGAAAGAUUGUUACCCAGUUAUCGUCGAAUGUUUAUAAUAUAAACCUUCGUAAGCGUUUUAUUUAUUGAUAAUAUUUUAAUA